UAUACGUGUACGUUUAUAUAUAUAUAUAUAUAUAUAUGUAACAUUUUAAUCAGCAGUGGCAGCGGCAGUAUAGUAAUAAUCAUAGUAAUAAAGUAGUGACGGUAGCGAUCGCGACGCCUUCUCAAGUGUAUAUCUGUGAUAUAAAUUGCUAUAAUUUUUAAACUUUUUUUUGGAAUCAUAAUUCAAAAAUAUUGAUCGUCCCGCCGUCUAAUACACACGGUGUUUAUACAUUUGAUUUUCGGACUCACAAGAAACGUCUUUUUAAACACGUGACGUAACGCAAGAUUUUGACCGUGUGUACAAACGAACAGUUUGUAUAAAAAAAAAAAACAACAACGCUUAUGCAGUAAAUAUUCCGGUCGUCUGCAAAUUCGCCAUGGAGUUGACCAACGAACAAAUUUCCGAAUUUCAAAGGACGUUUCCCAUCGUCAUCCCAGAUCCGUCCAAACUAGUCGAAACGAUGUUACUCGAGUUGUUCAAAACUCAUCGUGAAUAUCUUUCCUUGUUCAAAAAACUUUCCGACGUGUCAUACGAAAAGUUGGCGACUAGUCCUGAAUUUCAACUACAUGCAGAAUUAGUGGGUUCGGCAUUAAGAGCCGUCGUAGAUCUUCUGGACAAACCUGAUGAACUCAAAUCUGUCCUGUUCAAACUCGGCGCCAAGCACAAGAAAUAUGGAGUGACUCCCGAACACAUUCAGAAUCUCGGAGAUAUCUUAAUUGGUCUGGUAACCGAUGCAAUUGGCGAAGGUCAGCCGCAGCUGUUGUCGUUGUAUAAGACCACUCUAGCUAUGGUACUUAACGCAUUGUCGGAAGCGUGCGUUUGAAGAAGUUAAAUUGUUGAGAAAAAACGAUGGUCGGAACUGCAGAUUUAAGAACUCCUAUGUAAAAGUAUUAUUAAUAAAAUACAACAGAAAACCAUUUAAGAACCGAAAUCAAACUGACGUUGU